AUGACAACAAAUAACAAGAGAUAUUACAAGACAUUUGGAUUAGAAAAAGCAGAUAAAGAGUAUUUAUUAAAACAAGAAUUGUAUAAUUUAUACAAGACACCUAAAAGAGAUUCAUUUACUAAUAUGCCUCAUAUUCAAGAAUAUACAGACAACUUUAAACAACAAGCAGAUUUAUUAUUUUUACCAGAUGACAAUGGAUUCAAGUAUGCAUUGGUAGUUGUAGAUUUGGCAAGUAGAUUGACAGAUGCAGAACCAUUACAAAAUAAAACAGCAAAAGAAACAAGACAUUGGAAUGAUGGCACAAGAGAUAUUAACUGGCCAACAAUCAAAAGAAUGGGUAGAAGACUUGCCUGUUAUCAUUAA